CCUGCCAUAUUUUUCGCUAAAAACUACUUUUCAUCGUUACGUUGACACCCACAUGACAGAAAUAUUUACAACAAAACGUCACUCUUGUCAUUUUUGAAAACCACGACUACCAACAUCAGCGCCAAACCCCCCACACGGUACAGGCACCUAGCAACGUGUUAGCAACCAGCAAAAUGUUUGUAAACAAACCCUUCCAAAAAUGACACUGUAUUUUGAAAAUCCGGUGAGUUUUCCCGAGGCGGGGUCGAUUUCUUUGAAUGGGAUCUGGCACCCGAACACUGCGCUACUGGCUGUGGCCAGUUUUUCGCAGGAGAAAGGGGGGUUUGUGACGAUUUUCGAUGAGCUGGGGGAGCCUUUGAACGACCUAAACUACCCUGUGCAUCGCAGUUUUCAAGUGACUGCGUUGGCCUGGCAUCCGGAGCGGACGGUGUUGGCGACCGGGUGGGAAAAUGGGGAGUUCAAGGUGUGGAAUGGGGCGAAGGAUUUCGCGCUGGUCGGGGGGCCGCACAAGGCCCCGAUUACGCUGCUGGAGUUUAGCGAGAAGGGGGGAAGACUGGUGUCAUGUGAUUCUGCAGGCUCGCUGGUCGGCUGGAAAAUCGUCGACACCCAAAGCCAGACCAUUAUCGUGUUCCACCUCGACCUCAAAGAGUCCAUCACCCACCUCACCUUCCGGCGAACCAUCAAAACCCACCCGGAGUACGACAUGGAGCACCUCGCCAAAGCCGCCGUCAACGGCGACGAGCGCGCCCUCGACAUCUUCAGCAACUGGCGCCCGAAAACCACGGCUCGCAAAUUCCGAGCCCAGGAAGGUUCCGACAAUUUAAACUUUUACGUCGGCACCCAGGUGGGUUCCAUCUACUACGUGAACACCACGGGCUCCUGCAUGGAAGUCCUCAACACCGAAGGAGUCCCGCUGUCGUACAUCGUCCAUCACCCAAUCAAGGACUCGCUGGUCGUGAUGAUGGAAGGACUGACAGUCGGCCAUUUUGCUAUAGACAACCAAGGGCACUUGAACGAGUUGGCCAAGGUUAAGUUGAGCGGGCGGGUGCAGAGUCGGGGGGUGGGUAACCAGGGGUUGGUUUGGUGCAGUAGUACCAGUCUGGCGAUUUUGACCGGGGAUUUGGUGGUACGGGUUUGGGAUAUAGAAUCUAAUGAUAAUUACGUGUUACCAACGACGUUGAAGUUUUAUUCGAACGAGGAGAGGAAUCGGAGUUUGAAUGAGAGUUUCACGUGUCUGGCGUUUUGUAAGUUGAAUCAGACUUUGUGUGCUGGGACGAAUAUCGGGAGGAUUUAUUUCUGGACUAGGAAUGUCAACAAGGGUCAGAUUGACAACCCGGAGGAUGACUGGGAGUUGAAUAAUGUUAACACGGUUAGUGGGACUGUGAAGCAGUUAAUUUGGGGCUCUUUCCAACUAAGGUUGCCACUACUGAGCGUGAACUGCGUCACUUCAGUGUAUAUCAUGAGGGAACAAACCAUCUCUACUUGUUUCUGUGAGGAAAUUUGGUGUACGCAGAAAACCGCCAACCAAAUACUUGUCGAAAGCAAAAAAAGUAAUUUUUUGCUACAACUAGAAGCACAAGUCACUGAUAUGAGUAUCAACGAAAACUACGCGAUUUUCACCAACGGUCGCUUGAUUUCCGUCUACGAAAUCUACUGGGAGUCACCCGAUUCAGAACGCUUUGAACUGAACUCAUCUAUAAGUAAACAAACUGAAACCAGUACUGACUUUAGUAUAAAAAUGUUAACGUCAUUCUCGUGUGACAACGAAAAGAUUCUAAUUUACAAAAAAAUCAUCAUUAUUCUAACCCCAAAAUCCGUCUUGUUGCGGAAUUUGAACGGGUCUACCUUAACCACUCUUGUAACCACAACCGUAGAAGGCGAACCCAUCGGUAUUGACACAACUGGAAACUACCUAACCCUCUUUACCAUCGAAGGGUACUUAAAAAUCUACGAACUAACCGACAACGAGCCCAAAUUGACAGUCCCUGGUCGAAACAUUUACGACAUGUGUCCCGAUUUCGGCGAAAUCAUCCAGGCCAAAAGUAACUGCUCUGGAAACAAAGUGGCCAUGACUUUAGCCGCCUCCAACUUGAUCCCAGAUGGUAAAUUAUACAUCUGGGACGUCGAAACUGACCUUUUGCUGUCGUACGACUUCCACAAAUACGGCAAUUUAGGGGAGUCAACCCCAGACGAAUACAGCAUGGACGAAAAAAUCCAAGAACUGGCUGACGAGAAUUUGGACGAAUCCGACGAAACUAAGGCCCUUUUCGACGAAAUCUGCUCCAAUCGUAUUCCUUUGCACCUCUUCUGGGACACCAGUGACGCUCGCCUCCUCGUCUGCGACGCCAAAAGGGUCAAACUACCCGCCGAUAACAAAUCGGUGACCUUUUCUAAGGCGAAGACCGACCUUAAACCGACCCUUAAGGACGAGGAUCAUAUCGUUAUCACGUUGUUUAUUUCGUCGGAGCAUGGGAUCAAGAUGCACGACAUCAGGGGGGUGGAUAACGAUUCGAGGUUGUUAGCUUUGGCUACCCCACAUAUAGUUCUUUUGGAGAAGUUAAUAGUGAUAAGGGAGGUGAUGAGCGACUUUGCGGGGUUGGAGGCCUGUAAUAAGGCGACGAGGAACGCCGUUCUGGAUUUUAGUUAUAAUUUGAGCCUGGGGAAUAUGGACGAGGCGUUCAAGGCGAUCAAGCUGGUGCAGAACCCGGGGGUUUGGGGCAGUCUAGCGCGGAUGUGCGUGAAGACGAGGCGGCUGGAUGUGGCGGGGGUGUGCUUGGGGCACAUGGGGAACGCGAGGGCGGCGAUGGCGCUGAGGGUGGCGAUGGGGGAUGGGCAGCUGCCGCACGAGGCGAAAUUGGCGGUGUUGGCGGUGCAUUUGGGGAUGUUGGACGAAGCCGAGCAACUCUACGUCCAAUGCGGCCGCUACGACCUCCUCAACAAACUUCUCCGAAGUCGUAACAAAAUGGACGCCGCCCACGCCAUCGCCGAAUCCCAGGACCGCAUCCAUCUGAAAAACACAGAGCACGCUUGGGCCAAAAGUCUCGAGCAAAGCGGCGAUUUGAAAGAAGCCGCGAUUCGAUACGAACGAGCAAACACCCACAAGUUCGACAUACCAAGAAUGCUCUUAGAUCAACCGCAACAACUGGAGAGUUUCAUGGCCAAAACCAAGGACCCGGACUUGUUGAAGUGGUGGGGACAGUAUAUAGAGUCUCAGGGCGAAAUGCAAGCGGCCCUGAAAGUCUAUAGUAGUGCUGGUGAUAUUUAUUCGCAAGUGAGGGUCCUUUGCUUUCUUGGUGAGGAGAGCAAAGCGGCUGAGCUUGCGCGGUCUGGGAGAGACAAAGCGGCUUAUUAUCACAUGGCGAGGUUUUAUGAAACGACUGGAAAUUAUGAAGAGGCUGUGAAUUUUUUCACGAAGGCGAAUGCAUAUAGUAACGCUGUUCGUCUGUGUAAGGAAAACCACAUGGCUGAAGAACUGUGGAAUAUCGGCUCAGUUGCCAGUAAUAGAGAGAAGUUAGAGUGUGCCCGUUAUUUCGAAGAAGUGUAUUCAUUAGACAAAGCUGUCAUUUUGUACCACAGAGCGGGGAUGCUCCACAAGGCUCUUGAUUUAGCCUUCAAAGCUCAACAGUUUGACACUUUACAACAAAUAGCGACUGACUUAGAUGCUGAUUCUGAUCCAGCUCUGGUGGAAAAGUGUGCCGAUUACUUCGUAACUAACGAACAAUUUGAUAAAGCCGUUGAUUUACUCGCAAUCGCUAAAAAAUUCAAAGAAGCUAUCACCAUCUGUCUAACACAUCAUGUGCAAUUAACGGAGGAUUUAGCUGAGAAAUUAACCCCAGAGAAGGACCAAUUAGACGAAAUUGAUCGAAUCAACGUACUUCAGACACUAGCCGAAAGUCUUAUGCUACAAGGCAAUUAUCAUCUAGCCACCAAAAAAUUCACCCAAGCCGGUGAUAAAAUCCGAGCGAUGAAAGCUUUGUUAAAAUCGGGCGAUACAGACAAGAUCAUAUUUUUCGCAGGAGUUUCACGUCAAAGAGAGAUUUAUAUAAUGGCGGCAAACUAUCUCCAGUCUCUAGAUUGGCAAAACAACUCCGAAAUAUUAAGAAACAUAAUAACGUUCUACUCGAAAGGAAAAGCUCUCGAUUUAUUGGCAAAUUUUUACGUCGCUUGUGCCCAAGUGGAGAUCGACGAGUUCAAAAAUUACGAGAAAGCUUACGGAGCUUUGACUGAAGCGUCGCGGUGUUUGGGUAAAAUUAGCAACCCUAAGGACGUGGGGCAGCAUCAGAGGGCGACCGAAAUCGUGCAACAGCGCCUCACUAUGAUCAAAAGAUUCGUGGAUAUUCGGAGGCUGAUUGAACGUGGAGAUCCCCAAGCAGGGAUAGCGCAGUGUCGCCAACUGUUGAUGACUGGGGGAAAGGAGCUGGAGGCUUCGGUCCGCAGAGGCGACGUUUACGCCGUCAUGAUCCAGGAGUUUGUCAAGAAUCAGAAUUACGCUGAAGCGAAGCAGUUGUUGGGGGAGUUGAAGCAGAUUUUGUUGAUUAGUGGAAACACGCCCAUUACUUAUUACUUAAGUAAGGAGUUGAUUGAAGCUUUAGCGCAGGGGUUGGGUGUUCCUGUUUCGAUGUUGGUUCCGGUGAAGACGAAGCUGGAUAAUGAAGAAGAUGACGAGUUUGUUGAAGAGGCAAUAGAAGAUUAGUUUUAAGAUUUAAAGUAGUUUUGGUCCGUCCACUAAAUGAAUAAAGAUUGUUGCAAAGUUUUUGUUAAAAUCGUAGAAAUCUUAUACAUAUAACCUCUUGUUUUACUAAGAGUGACUUGAUAUGAAUUGUUAUAGAGCGAGGAUUUUUUCGAGGUUAAAACAACUGAGCUCAAAAAUACUUCAAAUUUAAGGAAAAUAUAAUUUUAGCCAGGAGAGGAACAAAUAACUAUCAAAUUAGCUUUUAAUCAGUUAAUAAUUAGCUCAUGAC